AUGGCCCAGGAAGCUCGCAAUACCGAGCGCUAUACUAGCCGAAGAAGUAAUCUCAAUCUACGGUACAAUGAAAUAAGAUUUGUCAGCGCUGGUGAUUUGGUACAGGAGAGCCUCGAGGUCCCGAAUGCACAUGAUAUAACAAAGGCCCCGAACGUAGACCCACCGAGUACGAUGGGCGAGGGAGAUCUGGAGUCGGAAUGUCGAAAGUGGUUAAAUAACACAGUGGAGGUGGAACCGGGCCAGGCCGGAGCAGAGGAGGAGAGAGGAGUAAAAGAGGUUGGAGAAAAAGUCGAAGGAUUGCUAGACGCCGACCGGGACUCCAAGGAUAUAUUUUUCAUAGAUCGCGAGGGAGAGGAUCCCGAGGAGAAUAUGCGAAGUGAAAAUUCCACUUUUCCAGUGAAGAUGAGUUCCGGCCCGGAGUCUGCGUUUAAUAGCGAAUCGGAUCCGGCAAUGAUCCAUACCUCCGAAUCAACCUUACUGCAUCCAGCCGGGCCCCCCGAAUUCAUUAACCUCAACGGAAAGGAAAAGCGUUCCCACGCGCGUAAACCAAGAAGACGAAGAUCGCGCUGGGAUUCUGAUGAUUCGGAGAUCCUGGCUGAUUAUAUCGCGAACAUGAUGGAUGAUAACACCAGUGAUGAAGGCGAAGAUGAAGGCAAAGAUGCUGGGAUAGGUCAGGUUCACGUUCAGAACCAGAAUAAAUCUAGCCAUUCCAGCACGAAGUCAUGGAAUUCUGCGGAUCUUGAAGACUUGAAUGAUCUCAGCUCCUCCGAUGAACUUCCGGACGAGAUUGGACGCAUCCUUUCUAUGAGGGAAAAGGGCAAAAGUAUUCAAUACUUGCUUACCGGCGUGGGCCAGAGUGUUGACAAAGCGCGUUGGAUUCGAAAGGAGCUUCUUACAAUGCCUAGCGCGUCCGAAUUGAUUCGACGCUUCGAAGAAAACGUCGCUUUGAUUGAAUCACCGUGCGAGACAGUAUCUGAGCCUUCGUCGGAACCUGGCGAAGAAGAAGAAGAAGAAGAAGAAGAAGAAGAAGACGAUGAUGAUGAUGAUGAUGAUGAUGAUGAUGAUGAUGAUGAAGAUGAAGAUGAAGAUGAGUUUGAUCAAGAUUUACAUGACGGUAUGAAACAAGAUUUGAAUGAUGAGCAGAUGGCUCGUCUACUUCAAACUCAAGACUCGUUUGGGUUGGGCACCGAUGAUUUCUUACUUCUCGAUGGGAAUGGAGGCUUUGGUGGCUUCAACAAUUUCUCCGGACCAAAAUUCUCUUACGGGUCAUCAUUAUCCAAACCGAAAAAGCGACGAAACCGAAACGGGCAUUUCCCCUCCGCCUCAGCUUUCGCAGACGCCCUCGAUAAAGAUCCAUACGGUGGAUUCGACGUUAUGGAUUUCGAUCGUCCAAGCUUAAGGAAGAAACCAAAGGGCCGCCGCCAUGCGCAUCAAUACGACUUCGACCUUUCUGAUAGCGACUUGGUGCGUGAACUGCAAGCUUCCUGGGAAAACAACCGAAACAAGAAGAAAGCAAAAAAGCAGGAGCGCGAGGAACUAAGGGCAGAGGGGCUUUUGGGCACAAAAUAUGGAAAGAUAGAUAUGAAGGCGAAAUAUACGGAAGGCAUGAGCAUUGAUGAUAUCAAGCUGGAAAUAAGGGCCUUCCUAGCAUCCUCUUCCCAGAGCCUUUCAUUGCCCCCAAUGGACAAACGAAACCGCAAACUCGUCCAUGAGAUCGCAAACAUCCUUUUGCUCAAGUCGAUAUCGCGCUGUAGCGGCACCUCGCGCUUCCCAAUCCUCACCAAGACAUCCCGCACACCCACCUUGGAUAGCCAAGCAGCCGUCCACCGAGUCGAUAGAAUCUUCUCCAGUGGGCGCUUCAUGCGGCGGAUGGAUAGACCCUCACGAGGUGACGGUGGUGGCUUUAGGCCGGUGGCCAAGUCCCGUGGUGGUGGCGGUGGUGUGAAAGCUGCUUCGUACAUGGAUGGCGACGUCGUUGGGGCGUCAGCGCCGGAGAUCGGGGCCGGGAAUAAAGGCCGCGCGAUGCUUGAGAAGAUGGGGUGGAGCACCGGGACGGCGUUGGGCGCCGUUAAUAAUAAGGGAAUUUUGCAUCCUGUUGUGCAUGUGGUGAAGAAUUCAAAGGCUGGGUUGGGUUAG